GGGUUAAAUUAAGAACAUUUGUCAGCCAAAAAAACUAUACCUUCACAUUUGACACAUCCCAACACAAAAAAAAAAUUCCUCUAUACAUCUCUCUUCUGUCUCUAGUCUGUAAAACCUUGUUGCUUCUACCCGGUGCAAUCGAAGCAGGUGCGUGCGUCCCCAGUGUUUUUCUCUCUCUAACUCUCUCGACAAAAAUGGCGCCUCAUUCUCUCUCGUUCUAUCUGGAUAUAUAGGCUUUGCUACAAUUGAAACUCUUUGCAUUCUCUCUUUACAAAUCCCCACACAUCGUUUCGCUGAUCACUUGCUCAGCAUUGGCUAUACCAAGGCGCGCCAGAUUAGGGUUUGGUUUUAAUUCAAUUUUUAUCGAUUAUAUAUAUAUAUUGAUCGAAAGGGUUCAGGGUUAGUCUGUUUUCUCUCACCCCCAUAUACUGUUCUGGUAAAUAUUUUUUUGGGUAUAUUCUCUGCACUGCUCAAACCCUAGUGGGUACCAAUUUGGUUACAAUAAGUUGGAUUGUUCUUUCUAGUCUUGGGAUAAUUGGGUUUUGUUCUAUCGGUGAUUCUUUUAAUGGGUUUCAAUUUUUGUUCAAGAAGUAGUCUGUUUUGUUCAUCUUUAUACAAGUGAAUAGGAUUGUUUUUCUGCGUUGGUUGAAGGUAUUGUUAUGAGAUGAGGGUCUUCUAGUUUGAUUUUCUUGAACAUGGAAGCCUCUAGAAACCCUUCUUGAUAUCAUUCUUGGCACCAAAGGGUUUGCAAGUUUGAUUAUUGGAAUUUAUUAAAGCUGUUCUUGAUUGACUUUUAAGGUAUAUAAUGUACAGAGAGAGAAAUAAAUACUAGUUAAGUGUACAGGACAGUUAGGAUUCUUUUAUUGGGAAUUGGUUUUGAAGGAUUACCGUUUUUACAAUUUUGUUGGGAGAAUUAGUGAUUUAAUUGUUUCUGGUGACAUGUGAAGCGAGAUUCAGCGAUACGACAAAAUUGAAAUUAGGUAAACGGCAGGUUGAUACUGUGAAGAAACAGAACAGUUUGUCAGAGGUGGUUAUUGGGCAAUAAUUCGCGAAAGACAAGUUGAUAUAUAUAUAUCUAUAUAUAUUCCUUUAUUUGAUCAUGUUUGGUACUAAUUAUGGAAAGAAGUGAACCCACAUUAAUACCAGAAUGGUUGAAGGGCAGUGGAAGUGUGAGUGGCGGUGGGACUACAUCCCACCAAAUGACAUUAUCCUCAUUAUACUCAGAUGAUCACGUUGCCACAAAGCCUUCAAGAAAUAAGUCAUUAUUGAACACAAAUGAUCAUGAUAUAGGACGUCCAUUUGUUGCAGAUCGAACUACUUCCUCAUAUUUUCGUCGGAAUUCCAGCAGUAAUAGUUCUGCGCACUUACGGUCUCAUGGUAGUUUGGGUAGAAGCAAUCGUGAUAGGGAUUGGGAGAAGGAAUUAUAUGAUUCCCGUGAUAAAGAAAAGUCAUUUUUGGGUGAACAAAGACGCCACGAGUACUCUGAUCAUUUAGAAAACAUUUUCCCGAGUAGGUUUGAGAAGGAUUUGAGGCGUUCACAAUCGAUGAUUACUGGGAAACGAGGUGAAACAUGGCCCAGAAAAGUGCCAUCUGAUUUGAGCAAUGACAACAAAAGCAACCCUAAUGACAGCAAUGGUCUGCUUUCUGGCAGCAGUGCUGUUAGCAGUGUGCGGAAGGCUGCAUUUGAAAGGGACUUCCCAUCUCUGGGGGCUGAAGAAAGACAAGCAGCUUCUGAAAUAGGAAGAGUCUCUUCUCCUGGGUUGAGUACUGCCACACAAAGUUUGCCAAUAGGUACUUCAGGUGUGAUUGGUGGUGAUGGGUGGACCUCAGCCCUGGCAGAGGUGCCUGUAUUAGUUGGAAGCAACGGCACUGCUGGGUCUGUUCAACAAGCCAUUUCUCCAACUUCAUCUUCUUCAGCUUCAAGUACAACUGGCCUGAAUAUGGCUGAAACUUUGGCCCAGGGUCCUUCUCGUGUUAAUAGUACUCCCCAGUUAUCUGCUGGAACUCAGAGGCUGGAAGAACGGGCUAUUAAACAAUCUCGGCAAUUAAUUCCCAUGACACCAGCCAUGCCUAAAGCAUUGGUGCUCAAUCCUUCAGAUAAAGCAAAGCCUAAACUCGGGCAGCCUCAGCCUCAGCCUCAGAUAUCACCUUCUCACUUUGCCAAUCACUCUCCUCGAAGUGGGCCUGUGAAGUCUGAUAUUUCAAGGACGUCUAGUGUGGGAAAGCUUCAUGUGCUCAAACCGGCAAGGGAAAGGAAUGGUGUCUCUCCCACUGCAAAGGGUAGCUUGAGUCCUACAAGUGUUGCUGUUGCUCCUUCAGUUGUUGGAUCUGCUCCUUUGAGGAGCCCAGGGAACAACCCUAACCUUGUCAGUGCUGAGCGCAAGCCUGCCUUGACUAUUUUGGAGAAGAGACCCACACCUCAAUCUAAGAGUCGGAAUGAUUUUUUCAACCUUGUGAGGAAGAAAUCUAUGACCAGCCCCUCUUCUGCUGCCCCUGAUCCUGGCCUUGCUGUGUCAUUGCCUGUCUCCGACAAGUCCGAUGAAACAGGAUCUGGGAGUGCACCUGUUACGCCUCAUGAUGGAGAUUCCCCUUUAUCGGAUAGCUUUGACCGGUCAACUGAGAAGAGGAAUGACAUGAACAGCAAUGGUAAUGACAAUGCCUCUGACAGGCCUCGUGAAUCACUGGAUGACAAGCACCAGGAACCUCUUAACAAUGGAAAGGAUCCUUCAAGCUCCAAUGGCAUUCUUUAUUCAGAGGAGGAAGAGGCUGCUUUUUUACGCUCGCUUGGGUGGGAGGAAAACGCUGGAGAGGAUGAAGGUCUUACCGAGGAAGAGAUCAGCUCUUUCUACAAGGAGGUGGAUGAGUACAUUAAACUGAAGCCAUCCUCGAGAAUUUUCCAAGUAAUGCAGCCGAAGUUUUUAGUGCCGCUCAAUUUGCGCACGGGGAGUGUUGGUGGUGGUGCUUCAUCCGGAUCAAGCUCAUCCAACUCCAAAUUAGAAUCUUAAUUAACCUAAUCUCUCACCCUUGAUAGGUUCUUUGUGGGUUUUGUUUUCUUGAAUUGAAAUUGAGUUGGAAAUCUGAGGAGCCAGUGGGGGCACCAGGAAAAGAGAAGUAGUGGAUAUAUGCUUGUGCUUUUUUUUUUUUUUGUGGAAGUAAAUAGGAAUAAGUUACAAAUGGUCCUUUUUGCCCCUGGAUGACUUUGGAUGUGCUGUUGACUUUCUAAAAUCUUUUUGAGGCUAAAGGUUUGAUGGAAGAGAAUAGGAAUUUAGGGUUUCUUUAGGUCUGCUGAUGUAAGAAGCUGCUGUGGUAGAUCUGGAUGCUUGUCAGUUUUGGUUUUUUAUUUUUUUUUUUUGAGAGGGCCUCAAAUCAACAAAUUGGUUACUUUUAAUUUUAGUUAUUUUUAACAGGAAAGAAAAAAAGCAAGAAAUUUUUAUGUUCUUUUACA